AUGGUACUUAGAGGCAUAACGGGGGCGGUGCGUACAACUCCUACUGCUGCCUUUGGUGCCCUCUUGGGGCUAGAACCCUUACACCUUACAAUUAAAGCAGCGGCGGUUGAGGCUGCCCUGCGGUUGAGUGGUCCUGUGGGCCGCAGGGAGGUGGGCAGAUGGCGUCUACCAAAGAAAUUGGCGAGAAUCUCCCUUCUAAGUAUGAUUAGGGACAGAACUGUCCCUUUGUACCUCUUCGACAAAAAGUAUAGGAUUAAUAUACCUAGUAGAGAAGAUUGGAUAAAUGGACUGACAAGUAUUCCAGUUGACUGUGAAGUCUGGUACACAGAUGGAUCAAAAGGCGGGAAUGGAGUUGGUGCAGGAAUCUAUCAUGUAACCUCCCAAGUGGGACACUCCUUUAAGUUGGGGACUACUGUUACUGUGUUACAAGCCGAAAUUGUGGCAAUAUUUUAUGCUGAAACGAACCGCGUUACCCUCCUGUGGAUCCCUGGUCACAGUGGAUUCGCGGAAAACGAUAGGGCGGAGGAGCUAGCCAAGGAAGGGGCUAGAAAACAACUUAUUGGACCUGAACCUCCCAUUGGUGUUUCCAACAAAUGCCUGACACUGGAAAUUAAACAGUGGAUAGCUGCGGAACACCAAAGGGAAUGGCAGGUAACUAAGGGCUGUAGGCAAGCCAAGGUACUCAUGGGAAGUAGUAUUAACCCUAUGAGGAAAGCGGAAUUCCGAAAAUUAAAUAGAAAAGAGGCAAACAUCAUAACAGGGCUAUUAACUGGCCAUGGUGAUCUGCGCUAUCAUAGGCACAAAAUGGGGAUCCUAGACGACCCGAAGUGCCGUAGGUGUGGAGAGGAAUAUGAAACCCCGAUACACAUCUUGUGUCACUGCCCUGCACUUGUGAAGGAGAGGGAACACAUUACGGGCUACUUCUUUCUGGGCGAGACCGUUAUUGCUACCAGAAACCUGGCCGAAGUCCUCCUGUUGUGGAAAGGACUUCGGAUAUAG